GCACACCAAUCAAUUCCAUCGCCAUGACGCCCGAAGGAAGCGGCCGACGUCGCAACGGCAUGCAGGCGUCGUGUGAACGGUGCCGCAAAAAGAAAGUGAAAUGCGAUCAUCGUCGGCCUGUCUGCAGCCCGUGUCUGCGCCGUGGCCUUGAGUCACAGUGCUUCUAUCAUCCUGCACCACUCUCCAAGAAACACUCUCUCGCUCCUACCAAUCGAGUAUCUAAACCAACUGCUCCUACAUUAUCAGGCUCAGCUUCGUCUAGCGUCAGAGAUAUGACUAGUGCUAUUCAAUCCCCCGAAAGACUCACCGCCAGCAACACGAGUACCAGCAGCAUCAGUACAGGCAAUACUGGCAACAACACAGCAAGCCACUCAAAAUAUGUGCAGAAUAUCGACACGCCUGACCGCCAUCUUGAUACAGUAAAGGCCAUUCUUCAGCAGAUCAAGUAUGCCGACGACAUUCACGACAUUACAACACAGUACCUCAGUCCUCGAAGAUUGACGCACAUCCCAAAGAUUCUGUACCUUACCAUGAUUGAUAGUUUGCGCUGCAACCCUACUGCGAGCAGCUAUAACAGUGAAGACUAUGCCCGGACUGUUCUCAAGUCGUCCACGCUGCCCUUGACCAUCACCCCCGACAUGGACUUGGACGAGUUUUGCCGCCUCGCGACAGGACCGAACCUACGGAUCGAGGUGUUGGGCAUCUUGUUUUCAACCACCGCCUCGUCUAUCCUCUACGGUACGCGACGAGACGAGCUCAUGAAUAGCAGGUUACUCGCGGAUAUGAUUUACCACUGCAAUCUAAGCCUGCAGCUCGCAAGAAGCCUGUCAAAAACGCCGUCCGACAUUACCAUAUGGCUCGGGUACAUGAAUGUACAUCUUAUGAGCCUGAUCAGCGGCGACGAAAGCUUGGACGUUUGGCGACGGAUGAGCAAUCUUGCCGUCGACCUGUUUGCCUUGCAUGUGCACCGCGAGGCCACACAUUCGCUGGACAAGGUGCCGCUAUUUAUAGCCGAAAUUCGAAAACGCAUCUUUGCUACGAGCAAUUAUAUUGAUAAACUCACCAGUCUCAUGUUUGACCGGCCGCCUCGGCUACAUCUCUCGUACUCGGAUUGCAAACCGCCGCUGGAUAUAUCCGACGAGGCGCUCUUCUCGCCAGAGCUCUUUGCGCAAGAGUGUCAGCGACUAACACUCGACGGAUGGAAUUUGGAUGUAGCAUUUCGACUGACGUCUGGAGCACGGGCGCGAUUUCUAAUUGCCGGGUUUAUCGAGCAAAUCAAAGAUAUGCAGCUGAACCCUUCUCAUCCCUUUGACGAGGCGCGCUUGAGGGAUAUUUCUGCUCGGUCUAAAAUUGCCUGGGCAAACAUUCCACAGUAUCUGCAAUAUUCAGAGGAGUCAUGGAAGCUCAAUUUCUCGGCCGAGGCGUCGCUCAUGCUGGCCAAGCUCUAUGUGUUUUACUGCGCCAUCGACUAUGAAAUCUUCACCAUGAUUUCCAAGGCCGCCGGCUCGACAGUCAUAGAGUUAUUGCAAGUAGCGUGGAACGUGCUAGAAGUCAUGCUGCAGGUUGCCAAGGCGCGGUAUACGUUCAAGUUUCCAUCGCAGGAUCUUCCUGCCACGUUUCUCUACUAUGGUGCACCGAGCGCGAAUAUUUUGCUUUCUGCUCUAGAAGAGCUUUACCAAGGACGGCGCAAGGAGCUUCUGCCUACGCUGAGCAAAUCGGCUCUUGUGCGCGGGCUGUCGGUGCUGGUCUCGCAGCUGGAGAUCAACGACCAUGCUACCGAAUCGAGCUACGCGGCUGGUCUACGAGCAGCCAGGGCCAUUUCUGCCAAACUUGACAGCAUUCUUGAUGGCGAUAUUGUCGCUGUGCCUGCGGUGAAUCCUACGGAUACUAAUGGCGACUUGCUGCAACAACAACAACAACAACCACAGCAGCCUCUCCUCGGGUUGGACGAUGCGCUUGCACUGCCUAACCUGAUGAAUUUUGGGUAUGAUGGUAUUAACUGGGGUCUAUUUACUGACUGGAGUAUUAUGGAUAUGGAAGGAUAGGAGUUACGGCGUGUAUUUUCUGUAUAUUUUACUCUUUUUUGUUGUUUAGACGGCACGGCGUUUGAUGAAUAGUGGGAGGACACAAGGCAGCACCAGCACUGUCCUAUUUAUUCCAUUGCAUUAUAGAUUUUGUUUCAUUCGUAUAAGUUAUACAUAUAUUUUCACCACAAUUCUCGCCUAUUUUCCUUUUCCUUCUCUGGGCUACUACUGCCACAUGACGAUCCUAAUCCAAUGUUUACAUUUCUCCCCUCCAGCAAUGUUUACAGGCGCUA